AUGGCGGAGAACGAAGCGGACAGCAGCUGUGAAGCCAGCGGGUCAAUGACUGAUGGUGAUUAUUCGGCGGGUCCUGUGUCACUGAAAUCACCUGAAGAUGAAAGCUCGGACAACCCUGCGUCUCACUAUGACCAGGACCUCAAAAGCGUCCUGGUCACCAGCGUUUUAAACCUAGAAAAGCUCGACGUGGACCUGUACAGAGGGACGCACCACUGGGUGCCCCGCACCCAGCGUUUGUUUGGGGGUCAAAUAGUCGGUCAGGCCCUUGUAGCUGCAGCCAAAUCUGUCAACGAUAAUCUCUACGCCCAUUCUCUCCACUGCUACUUUGUACGAGCAGGGGAUCCGAAGGUUCCAGUGUUGUACCAUGUGGAACGCACAAGAGAUGGUCGCAGUUUCGCAGUGCGCUCUGUCAAGGCCAUCCAGCAUGGACAGCCUAUAUUUAUCUGCCAAGUGUCCUUCCACAUGAUGCAGGAGAGUCCCCUGAAGCACCAGUACACCAUGCCGGUGGUCCCUCAGCCUGAAGACCUCCUCACCGUAGAGGAGCUUAUUCAUCUUUAUCUCAGUAAACCAGACCUGGAAGAGAGUGCAAAACAAGGCCUCAACAAACUGUUGGCUAAUGAGGUCCCCAUUGAGAUAAAGCCCGUCAACCCACCACACUUUUCCAGACCUGCUGCAGCUGAGCCGAAGAAGCUGUUCUGGGUGCGAGCGCGAGGAUAUAUUGGUGAAGGCAACAUGAAGCUGCAUUGCUGCGUCGCUGCUUAUGUAUCAGACUUUUCAUUCCUGGGCACAGCGCUGCUGCCUUAUCCCAACUACAGGGCCAAGUUCAUGGCCUCCCUAGACCACGCCAUGUGGUUCCACAGCACUUUCCGCAGUGAUGAGUGGAUGUUGUAUGAGUGUGAGAGCCCGUGGGCAGGGGGCAGCAGGGGACUGGUUCAAGGCCGACUAUGGAGAAGAGAUGGGGUGCUGGCUGCCUCCUGUUCCCAGGAGGGUGUCCUGAGAGUGUCACCUGUCACAGAGCCCAGCAAACUAUAAGAACAUUCCUCAGAUUUUUUUUCUUUUAAUUAUUUCUAAUUAUCAUAAAAUAAAUUGUAUUUAUUUAUUUUUACAAGUGCCAUUGUUAAUAUGAUCAGAAAUUCUAGAGUGUCUCAAUAAUUAUUUUAACAGAUUUUAUUUCCAGUCAGUAAAGAAUGAAAUUAUUCUAAUGGACUAAUGCUUGUCAUGUGUUAGAGGAGAGGUUUAGAAGUUGAUCAUUGCAAAGACUUGCAAGAAACUGAUUCGACUAGUUUGCACAUUCAGUCAUGCUCAUAUGUGAAAUUCAACAAAGUCAAAAGAUUUUGUUAACAUUUGGAAAGGCACCAUGUCAACAUUGGCAUUAUUAGUUGGCUAAUAAUGGGAAAAACUGCCUUCCAUGGAACAAUGAGGACACAGAGAAUUUAAAAAUGUCAGAGUUCCACUAAGUAUAAACUUAGAUGGCAUAUCACUUGAAUGUCUGUCUCGCACAUGCGCCUGUCAGCAGCUGUCCCAUGAGAAGGAAGGAUGUGCUUGUUAAGAAGAAAAAACGUAGGUGACUGAAACAUAGAACAGGACAGGAAGAGCCUCAUCCUUGAGUGGAGAGUAAAACAAAAAGGGAAAUUAUUGUAGGGUAGGGCAGUGAAGAAAAACGGCAACCUGAUCCACCAAUGGAAGAUGAAACCAGUACAGUCACUGAAGAGCAGGACAGUCUGUUCCUCUAAGGGAAAAACUCGUGACAUGACAGGACAAAAACUUAUCGAUUGGUGCACAAGGCCCUACACAUAAUGUUAGAACUUUUGCACUGAAUUUGGUGGCCUGUAGGUUCUUCUUGCACACUAAUGAUUAAAGUGUAACAAUGCCCUAAAGUAUUCUCUGUGUUCAUGCAUUUUAUAAACAGUAUGUGAGGAGUUUGUUUAUUAGAUUACAUGUAAUAAUAAU